CUUCACAUUAUAAUCAUACCUCUUUUUAUAUAUUAUAUUAAACAUAGAAUAGAAUAUAGGAUGGCAGCAACAGUAGCAAUCCCAAAGACACAAAAUUGGGCAGAGGUACCAGAGGAGAAGACUAUUGAGUACUUGGUAAAGAAUGAUAAGGGAGAGGAUAUAAAGGUUAUUAAGACUUUCCGCGAAUAUCAAGUACCAGUUGUAAGAAAUAAGAAGGUCGACGAGAGAAGACAAUGGACCAAGUUUGGCGAGAAUGUCGGUGACGGACUGGCCAACACCAAUCUUGGUGAGGAGGUCUUCCUGACGCUUUCAAGAAACAAUGUUACUGAUGACGAGAAGAAGGAGACUAUCGUGUGCAGAAACUGCAAGAAGAACCAUUUCACCUCCAAGUGUCCAUACAAAGAAGCUCUCGACCUUACUACAAAGACAUUCAAAGAGAAGGACGACAAGAAACAAGAGGUGUCAAAUGUUUACGUACCACCAUCACAGAGAGGUGGAGGCUCAGGCAGCGCAUACCCAGACGAGGUACCAUCACUCAUUGUUUCCAACGUGUCAGAGAAUGCCACCGACAAGGAUCUCAGAGAGCUCUUUGGCAAGUUUGGCUACGUCGCCAAGGUCAACGUGCCAAAGGACAACGACGGCAACCCAAGAGGUUUUGCCUAUGUCACCUAUCAGAGUCUCCGCGACGCCGAGACAGCAAUCAAACAUCUCAAUGGUCACAGAUACGACUUUAGAAUCCUCAGCGUCGACUUUGCUCGCAGGAAA